AUGAUAAUCCUUUUAGCCAGUAUUCUGGCAGUGAUUGUAGUAGGGAUGAUCUAUCUUCGGCAAAUACGCUCCUCUUUCACCAAGCAUGGCGUUAAGCAUGUUACUCCACUACCACUGGUUGGCAACAUGGCCAAUUUAUACCUUGGCUUUGAACAUUUUGCGGAUCACAUUACAAAAUUAUACAACAAAUUCCCAAAGGAGAGGUUCAUUGGAAGGUUUGAAUUCAUCAAUGAGUACGUGGUUAUUCGUGAUUUAGAUCUAGUUGAGCAGAUUGCUUUUAAAGACCACGACUGUUUUGAUCAUCGCUCUAUCUUAAGUGAAAGUAAAUCUUUCUUUGCCAGGAAUCUAUUAGCUUUGAAUGGACAAGAAUGGAAGGCAAUGCGAGCUAUACUGAGCCCGGCGUUCACAAAUAGUAAGAUUCGUAAGAUGGUGCCCCUAAUAACCGAAGUUGGUGAGAACACAAUUGAGUGGUUACAGAGAAAGAUGAAGGAAUCUCAAAAGACAGUUGUAUUAAAGUAUAGCAUUUCUUAUGGUGAAAUCAGUGUGAAUUGUGAAGAUCUUACGGCGUGUUACGCCAAUGAUGUCAUUGCUUCUUGCAUCUUUGGCCUUAAAAUAAACUCUUACACGGAUCCAGAAAAUCCAUUUUACGCAAGAGGCAGAGAAUCCAUAACUCUGGGCCUGGGUAAAAUGGUUGUUUAUUUUCUAAUGACAAAUGUACCUGCCUUAGCAAAGAUUUUCGAAUGGGAUAUAUUAUCAAAGAGAUGCAGAGAGUUCUUUAGAAAAGUUGUUCUGGACGUGAUUAAGGAUCGUAAGAUGAAUCAAAUUAUGAGACAUGAUAUAAUCCAUUUCCUUAUGGAAGCUCAAGGAGUAUUGACCGAUGAUGAUAUUGUUGCCCAAGUAUUGCUGUUCUUUAUUGAAGGCUUCGGAACGGUUUCUAGUCUGAUGAACUUUCUGUUGUAUGAACUAGCAGUUAACAUUGACGUCCAAGAUCGAUUGGUGAAAGAAAUAAGAGAACAUGAUGCCAAGCAUAAUGGCGAGUUGAGUUAUGAAUCUCUGAAGGAAAUGGAAUACCUUCAUAUGGUCAUGUUAGAAGUACUAAGGUUAUGGCAUCCAUCUAUGAUUCUAGACAGAAAGUGUAACCGAAAUUAUAACUUAGGCAAACCCAACAAGGAUGCUAAAAAAGAUUUUGUCGUGAAGAAAGGAACAAUGAUUACAAUCCCAAUUCACGCUAUACAUCGUGAUCCUCAGUACUUCCCUGAUCCUGAAAAAUUCGACCCGGAGCGUUUCUCUGCAGAGAACAAGCAAAAGAUCCAUCCGUUCGCGUUUAUUCCUUUCGGAGUCGGACACAGGAAUUGUAUUGGUAAUAAACUGGGGCUGUGCGAGAUAAAAGGAUUAAUUUACCAGAUUCUGUUACGAAUUGAAAUUUUACCAACGGAGGCAACUUGUAUUCCUGCGAAGCUAUGUCCCAGCUCCUUUAGCCUCAAGUUGCAAGGAGGACAUACACUUAGUAACUACGAGUUGGUGAAAAUGUUGAUCCUUUUCAUUAUUAUUGCACUAGUGGUCGUAUUUGGCAUUGUAUAUCUUCGUCAAAUCUUCUCCACGUUCAGCAAGUAUGGCGUCAAAUUCGUCACACCGAUGCCAGUGGUUGGGAAUAUGGCCAGGCUUUACCUACGACGUGAGCAUUUUGCCGACCACAUCACAAGGUUAUACAACGAGUUUCCAGAGGAAAGGUUUUUUGGGAAGUUUGAAUUCGUCAAUGAAUUAGUGGUCAUCCGUGAUUUGGAUUUGAUAAAACGGAUAGCGCUCCAAGACUUUGAAUGUUUCGAUCACCGCUCUGUAUUUAGUGAAAGUAACUCUUUUUUCGCCAAAAAUCUGUUCGGUUUGAACGGUCAAGAAUGGAAGGAAAUGCGCGCUACAUUGAGUCCAGCAUUUACCAGCUCCAAGAUACGGAAAAUGGUGCCCCUUAUAGUUGAUGUAGGAGACCAAAUGAUUGCGAUGUUUAAGAGGAAGAUUAAGGAGUCAAAGACUGACUACAUUGAUAUUGAUUGUGAAGACCUAACUGCAUGCUACGCCAACGACGUCAUAGCCUCUUGCCAGUUUGGUCUAAAAAUAGACUCGUAUUCGAAUCCAGAAAAUCCAUUCUUCACAGGAGGAAAGGAAUUUACUCAUUUUGGCUUCCAAGAAAUGGUCAUAUAUCUCAUAAUGUCAAAUAUUCCGAUCUUGGCCAAGAUGUUAGAAUGGGAUAUAGUGUCAAAGAAAUGCAAAGAUUUUUUUAGGAAAGUAGUAUUGGAUAUGAUGAGGGAUCGUGAGGAGAAACAAACUGUCAGACCUGAUAUGAUCUAUUUGUUAAUGGAAGCUAAAAAGGGCAAAUUGGUUGACGAUACUCCUAAAUGUGAUGAGGUCCUAAAUGGAACAACAGCGGAAGAAUCUGCUGCCAAUACAAACGUAGCUAAAAAAGUAUUAACGGAUGAUGACAUUAUUUCCCAAAUUGUAUUAUUCUUCGUCGAAGCCUUUGGAACGGUUUCGACUUUGAUGACCUUUUUGUUAUACGAGUUAGCUAUUAACCCUGAUGUUCAAGAUCGGUUGGCGAAAGAAGUAAAAGAAUACAACGUCAAGAAUGGUGGAAAGCUGGACUAUGAUUCCUUAAAGGAUAUGAAGUAUCUUGACAUGGUCACAUCAGAGGUAAUAAGGUUAUGGCAUCCGUCUAUAAUUUUGGAUAGAACGCUAAACAGAGAUUACAAUUUAGGGAAACCCAACAAAUACGCUGAAAAGGAUUUCAAAGUUCGGAAAGGUACCUUGCUAACGAUUCCUAUCUAUGCUAUACACCGUGAUCCUCAGUACUUUCCAAAUCCUGAAAAGUUUGAUCCUGAGCGUUUCUCUCCGGAAAACAAGCAAAAGAUCCCUUCAUUCGCUUACAAUCCUUUUGGACUUGGACCAAGGAAUUGCAUAGGAUUGAGACUCGGCCUCAGUGAGAUGAAAGCGAUUACAUACCAAAUUCUGCUACAUACGGAAAUAUUACCAACGAAAUCAACUUGCAUACCAGCAAAACUGUGUCCCAAUUCAUUUACUCUAAAGUUGCAGGGAGGGCAUACUCUAAGAUUUAAACUAAGGUCAUAG